AUGGCCUCACGAAAGACGGUGAAUCGUCGUCAACGACCCCAACGUGCCACUUCCAAUGUCUUCGCUAUGUUUGACCAAGCGCAAAUUCAAGAGUUCAAGGAGGCAUUCAACAUGAUUGACCAGAAUAGGGACGGAUUUAUCGAUCAGGCGGAUCUUCAAGAAAUGUUCGCAUCACUAGGCAAGGAUGUCAAUGAGCAGUUCCUUGAUGCCAUGGUUAAUGAGGCGCCUGGAGCCAUCAAUUUUACCAUGUUUCUGACGUUGUUCGGAGAAAAACUCACAGGUACUGAUCCGGAGGAGGUCAUACGAAAUGCUUUCCAAUGUUUUGACGAAGAUAACUCGGGUAAACUAACGGAAGAUCGUCUCCGUGAACUUCUAACCACAAUGGGGGAUCGAUACACUCAUGAACAGGUAGACGAAUUGUUCCGUGACGCUCCUAUCAAAAAUGGAUAUUUUGACUACGUUGAGUUUACCCGUAUGCUGAAGCAUGGAACAAAGGACAAGGACGAACAAUAA